CAAUCGCAUCUGAUGAAGUUCUGAUGAAGCAACCUGUUCCACAUCACAUCUCCUCUGCUCGUGCGUGUCACUCACGGUGAUCUCUCGUCAUGUAUCGCCUUUAACACGACGGACGGGAAUUUAUGGCAAUAAUUGAUCCGGCGACCGUCAAUGCAGAAAUCCAAAGAUCUGCGCGCGGGUGAUGAGGAGAAUCAAAUGAGAUCUGAGCUCUGCUGUCAUGCAGUCUCUUAUAUCGCCGGUCACUAAGGCAAUCCUCGUAGCUCUUUUUAUUUUUGCCAUUUUGCUCAUCCUUUAUGUGAUCCUGUGGUAUAUAUGUAGAGACGUGGAUUGCGAUCACGGCAUUUGAUGUUGGAUGCUGAAGCUGUGGAUCAGAUGGAGAUGUCAGGGUGACCCCGAGAACACACGCGCGUGGAGUAAUCAUGUGGAUCGUGUCACGACUGAUUCCCUUCCUGAAGCUUUAUAUGAUCGGUCUGAAGGUUUUACUCUAUCAGCUGUGGAACAGAAGUUUCGCGUUACCAGUUUUGGCCAAACAGAAUGGCAAGGUUGCUGUUGUGACAGGUGGUACUAAAGGAAUCGGCUAUGAGACGGUGAGACAGCUGGUGAAUCUGGGAAUGUUUGUCAUUAUAGCCUCACAUGAUGAAGAGGAGGGUCUGUCUGCUGUGAGGAAGCUUCGUGAGGAGAACUCAGAAGCUCAGGUGGACUUUGAGUAUUUAGACGUAUCAUCUUUGAAGUCGGUGAGACGUUUCGUCCAGAGGUUUAAAGAUCGAGAUCUACCCCUGCAUGUGCUCAUCAAUAAUGCCGGUGUUAUGCUGGUCCCUGAAGGCAGAACUGAGGAUGGAUUUGAGACCCAUUUUGCCACCAAUUACCUGGGUCAUUUCCUGUUGACCCGCCUUCUGCUGGAAACCCUGAUGCAUUCUGGGAAAGAUGAGUCGUACUCUCGAGUCAUUAAUGUCUCUUCUUCGGCACACUACACGGCUGACCUUCAUCUACAGGACCUUCAAAACACGCAGUGUUACAGCGCUCAUGCGGCGUAUGCCUGCAGUAAACUGGCCCAGGUUCUCUUCACGUAUCAUCUACAUUAUAAACUUCAGUCCAUCCGAGCACCGCUGACGGUUAAUGCGGUUGAUCCCGGUGUGGUAAACACAGAUCUUUACUCUCACGUCAAUCAUCUCAUCCGAUAUGCACUCAAACCCAUCGCUCGUCUCUUCUUUAAGACUCCAGCUGAUGGUGCAGUGACUGGAGUUUAUGCUGCGGUCUCCUCUGAUCUGGAGUCAGUUAGUGGAUGUUAUCUUUAUGAAGGAGAAUGCAUUGAGUCUUCAUUAAACUCUUAUGAUGAAGAUCUUCAGACUGGACUCUGGCAGAAGACCUGUGAUCUCUUAAAUCUCCGGCACUCACUGUAUGAAGACUGGACCCAUGAUGACAUCACAAAAUGAACAGAAACUCUUUCAUUCAGUUCAUGUUGACGUCAUUUCUUUCUGUUUACAAUCUCUUCAUACCACUGAACUGUGAUUGGCUGUACUAUAAUGAUGAUGAUGAUGAUGAAGGGCUCAGCGCUGUCAUUACUACACUGUGAGUGUGUUUGUGUUAUCCAGAUAAUGUGUUGUCAUCUGUGUAAUGUUUCAUCGGUUGUGUGUGUAUGUGAUUGUAUUCACUGUGAAUGAAACUUUGAUUUUUAUUUCCUUCCAGCAGAAUACAGAAAUUCAGUUUACUAUGGUAAAUAUCUGAAAGCAUUUAAAAACAGCAAAGAUUACUUGCAGUGAACUCUCAUCCAAUCAGAAUUCAGUCUGACAAUAAUCACACUUUGAUUUGUUAAUUCAGGUGUGAUGAAGGAAUUUAUGAUGAAGUUAAAGCACUAAGUGAUAAAUGUUCACAGGAUGAAGUGUUGUUUAUUUAUGACACACAUUUAUGUAAGGAAUAAUUGAGUGUAAAAUAAUGCACACCCAAGCUGAUAAUUCCCGUCGUGCCGUUACACCGCAGGUGUGCAUUAUUUACAAAUAAUUCAAAAGACCGAAGUCAAUUAUUCCUUUUAUAACACGGUUACUGGUGGUUAUUUUAAGACAUCUGACCGGUCAGGUGUGUGUUUAUUGAAUAAUAAUGCAUACCUGUGGAACAUUUCUCAACCAAUCAGAAUAAAGCAUUCCGCAGUAUAAUUACAAAUUUAUGUCAAAGCACAUUUACAGAGUAUUUUCUCAUUCGUUGUACAUUUGCAUAUUUCAUGUAAUUGUGUACCAUAAGAUGAACUUUUCCAUAUUUAAUGUGUGAAACUAAGUGUUGUCCUUUUGACAUCUCGUUCACAAAUGUUUGGGUGAAAUAUUAAAAUGAGUGGACUUCAGUGAUGUGCCAAUGCCUUUAAAGGUGAUUUUUAAAAUAUUUUUGGAAAUAUUGUUGCCAAAACUUAUAAUGACCAGUUAAGAAAAUAAAAUACUGUGAUUUCUUUCUUUAGUGUACAACAGCAGGGACGUAAAUGUGAAUUUGAUUCGAUGACUGAACAUCUUUGACUAAUAUGUUUAUGAUAUAUUAAUAAAGUUCAGCGUUAAAGAUCAAUGUGAUACCUGUGAGCAAAUCAUUCACACAUUCUCAUGUUUUUGUAAUGCUUUUAAUGAAACAACAAUAUUUGACAUUUAAUGAUGUGUAAUAUUAAUAUGAAACUAUUGACUGCAAAACAUUUCUUUGACUAAAACAACACAACAUGAAGUGUAAAGUUUUCAGUCUGUUCUGUGAUAUAAAUGUGUAUUAAAUAUUCAGCGCUCACAUCUGUCUCGUUGUGUCGUGUCAAAUGAAAUCUGUAGUUGUGUUUCUCAUCUGUUUGUGUAAAUAAAGAGUUUCAGGGUUGUUCAAUGCUUACAUGACUUGUGUGUUGAAAUGUAUUUUUGUAAGAUGAUGUUGAAUGAAUGCAGUUGAUUGUAAUGUGAUUGAUUGAGGUGAAGCCAUUUUUUCAACCCAAAGUGGUGUGCAUAUGUGAACGUACUGGACCAUUUGACCAAAGUUAACAAUAUGAUGAUGAUGAUGAUGAUGAUGAUGAUGUAUUCUUUACCUGAUUCAUGAUUUUGACUGUCACUGCAGUGUUUCAAUGUUUUUGCUUUAUAUUAUUGAUUUGUGUCAUUUACAGCCUACGAGUCGAUUCACAUGCAAUAACUGAUGAAUAUACCAACACUUGUUUUGAUUUCUCUGUCAAUAAAAAUAAAGAAAAAAGCCUCAAUAUCCUGACAAUGUUCCAUAGAAACUAUAAUAAAAAUAAACUCAUGUUUGUUUAA